AUUGACUGGGGAACGUUGUCGGUUGUCAGUUACACUGAUUAUUGUUUGAGAGAAAACGUGCACAGGAUUGGUUUUUCAUUCUUGCCAGCUGUACUAGAACGGAUAAAGAGCGGGAUGGAGGUAGAACAAGGUUAUGUAAUAAUAAGCAGGGCUCCGAUGAGUGUACUGCUGACAUUUGUAUCAUCCUCGACCAUUAGCCAUGGAGGGCGCCGUCGCCGCGAGUUGGAGGCCAAACCUGGAGAUGAGAAAAAUUGCUUUUUUUGGACUUAAGCUCUCGGAAUAACUUUUCCCUGUCUCUGGUUUGAGCUAUCUGGAGAGCCAAAAGUCCCCCAGCCAUGCUGCAGCAAUUGUUCUGUGUAGUAUCUGCCUGACUUAUUUAUUUAAACCCUGCUUUUCUCCUUUAAAAGGACCGCGCUUUAUCUACUACUCUUCUGCAAGGAUAAUUCCUUAAGUACACAAUGGAGAAGGAUUUGAACUACACAGCUGAGGAAGAUGCAGUGCAAUACCAGCUGUUCUUGACAAAUGAACCAGAAGACCCUGAAAAUUUUCAACAAUACAUUGAAAGAAUACUAGCACACCUUGCACCCAUACUGGUUUCCUACAUCUGGCAGUAUCAGCCAUUUAAUCUAAAGUACAAACCUGCCAAAGGAGAUAUUCCUGCUCAUAUUGGCGGACUCACAAAAUUUGGGGAUAACAUUGAAGAUGAAUGGUUUGUUGUAUACCUCAUAAAGGAAAUUACAAAGGAGUUUCCAGAAUUGGUGGCUAGGGUGGAUGAUAAUGAUGGUGAAUUCCUACUAAUAGAAGCAGCUGAUUUCCUUCCAAAGUGGUUGAAUCCUGAAAAUAGUACCAAUCGGUCUUUUAUACAUAGAACAGUAACACAUUUUUGCCAGGUGUUCUUUCACCAUGGAGAAUUGUGCAUAAUUCCAUUGCCUAAGACAUCUGAAGAGAGGACAUUAUUGCCUGUCACCAGUCCUACAAUUCCUCAAGCAUUGAAGUUGUUUUCCAUCUAUUCUGGGCAUUUUGUAGCUUCAAAAUCUAUUAGAGAAGCAGUAUAUAAACGCAUCAAUGGGUAUCCUACGAGAAUCCAGACUUUCCUUCACCGAGCUCACUGUUACAUUCCAGGAGGCAUUGCAGCAGUGCUCAAACAGCGACCCACGUUAGUGUCUGCAGCAGUCCAAGCUUUUUAUCUGAGAGACCCCAUUGACUUAAAAGCCUGUCAGGUUUUCAAAACCUUCCCACCAGAAACACGUGUAAUGACUUUAGUUACUUUUACUAGGUGUCUGUAUGCACAAUUGGUUCAACAGGCUUUUGUACCAGACAGACGGAGUGGAUACUCACUGCCUUCUCGUUCACAUCCACAGUACAAGGCAUAUGAACUAGGCAUGAAAUUGGCUCAUGGCUUUGAAAUUCUGUGCUCAAAAUGUAAGCCAAUUCUUCAUGGUUCCCAGGAGCAUACAUCAAAAGUUCCACUGUGGGAUAACUUUCUUAACAGCCUGAAGAAAAACAAUUAUUUUAAGGGUGAACUGGAAGGUUCUGCUCAAUAUCAGGAUCGUUUGCAUAUGGCAGAAAAUUAUUUCCAACAGAGUGUAAUCAGUCCACAAAGUUCAGGUGUGGAGAGCCCAGGUGAGGAAAUUUUGACCAUAUUGAAAGGAACUUCCUUUAACCUGGAAGAUUUUCAGAAAGAAGCAGACAGUCUUCCUCCAGAGGAUGAUGACAGUUGGCUGGAAAUUUCUCCAGACACCCUGGAUCAAAUCCUUAAAGAAGCAUCAGGCACAAACAAGCCUGCUUCUACUUUAAAUGAAGAAGAACAGAACUAUGACUUGGCAGAGGUCACUGAAAGUAUGAAGGCUUUUAUAUCUAAAGUCUCAACACAUGAAGGAGCAGAAGUCCCAUGGUCUUCCACUGAUUCCCGUAUCACUUUUGAUGCUGAUUCUUUCACAGCAGCCAUAGACAAAAUAUUGGGGACAAAAUCAGAAGAACAGAGUUCAGAAGAACUGGAUUCUGAUGAUUUAGAUGAGGAAGAGGAGUUUGAAUUCCUAGGCAGUGAUGAAGAGUCUUAUGUAAACAGGGAAAGUCAAGGCGAAACGGCACUGGAGAAAAAAACAAGUGGAAGUCUCAAAGCGUAUAUGCAGGAAAUGGAUCACGAACUAGCAUCCACCAAUAUUGGGAAAAGCUUUAAAAAUCAGCCACAAGCGGUUGGGUCUGGAAAAGCUUCAUCAUCCCAAGCCCCUGGUGGUGGCUUGGAAGAAGACUUUGGGGCAGAAGACUCUGAUAUGGCACCAGUGGAUGUCGAUAUGAACCUAGUGACUAACCUACUAGAGUCAUAUACUGCUCAAGCUGGACUAGCAGGACCUGCAUCUAACAUUCUGCAGAGCAUGGGAGUAUAUCUGCCUGAAAAUGCAGACAACAAGCCUCACUAGCAAUUAGCCCGAUGGAAUUAUGUAAUCUCCAGAUCCUAUUGGGUAGAACAGUAGCCCCAAAGGUAGAUUGGAUGGAUUAAUUAAAGUUGAAAGGUUUUCUGUUCUCAGGAGGCCAUGUGUGCAGGCAAUUUUGAAUAUACUAUGUGGAGCAAUUUUAUCAAUGUUUUUUACCCUUGUGGAAUCUGUCCUCUUAAAAUAGGUUGUUUAUGUAUAAAAAUUAGGUUGUCUUGAGAAAAUGGACUUUUGCAAAUAGUUGCUGGAAUAUUUUUAUAUUCAUUAAAAUUACUAAGACUUUCCAUAUUAAUUAAAAGACCUACAAACUAGA